AUGAAAAUCUCGAGAAAGCAGCGGCUGAUAGCUACAAUAUGCAUAUCGUUCUCAUUCUUUGCCGCUGAGUUAGCGGUCGGCUUCUAUACACACUCUAUCGCAUUGAUCGCCGACGCCUUCCACUAUCUCAGCGAUCUAAUCGGAAUCAUUGUGGCUCUAGUUGCUCUCAUGGCGCAAGAUCGUGUCGAACCAGCACCGCAAGCAUACACAUAUGGCUGGCAGAGAGCAACGAUAUUAGGCGCCUUCUUCAAUGGCGUGUUUCUACUAGCGCUGAGUAUCAGUAUUCUUGUGCAGACCAUCGAGCGAUUUGUGCAUAUCACUCGCAUAAAAAACCCUUUGUUGAUCCUGAUAGUCGGCAGUGUUGGUCUAGGUCUCAACGUUCUCGUCAUGUCUUUCCUUCAUGAGCACGACCAUGGGCAUGGCCACACGGGACAUGGAGAACACGGUUAUACUGACGGAAUACAAGACCAAGAAGUGACUGAGUCUGGGACAAACGACACGACUAGUGAAGACGAGACCCGUUUGACGUCUAUGACAAGUAGCCACCAUGAGCACAAACACAGGACUGUAGCUAUUGAAUCUCCAGGACGAGAUUUGGGCAUGAUGGGCGUCUUGAUUCACGUUCUAGGAGACGCUAUUAACAACAUUGGCGUCAUAAUCGCAGCGGUUAUCGUCUGGAAGACCAAAGGAGAAGGUCGAUACUAUGCCGAUCCCGCAGUCGGAGUCUUCAUCUCCAUCAUGAUUCUUUUGUCAGCCAUUCCAUUGGUUAAGAAUAGCGGCGCCAUUCUGUUACAAACCGCGCCGCGAGGCAUAAGCCUAGAGGAUAUCAAGCAUGAUAUGGAAAAAAUUCCUGGAGUCAAAUCAGUACACGAGCUGCACAUCUGGCGGUUAGACCAACGCAAAUCUGUGGCUUCUGCCCACAUCGUCGUCGAGGGUAGAACCAUCGAGGCCUUUGCUGACAAGGCAAAGAUCAUCAUGGAGUGUCUCCACGCGUAUGGGGUUCACUCAGCAACCCUACAGCCCGAGGCUUUAAUCUCGAGCCCCGUGACCACGUCUGACAGCGUCGCGGAGUCUCAGGCAGAGGUAGCGCUGAUCGACGCCAAUCACAAUACAUGCCGAUCAAGAGGAGGCGAGCAAAAGUGCCAGCUGAUUUGUGGAAGUUUGUGUGAGGAGUUGAGGUGUUGCUACCGUGAUUGA